AGUGGCUUUGGCCCAUAUUCUGAUGGCUCAAGGAUGGCACAGCAACAAAAUGGGCUUGGAUAUUCUAGCAAAGAUAGAGAACUACCUCACUGGCUCGAAGGCAUUACCAAGGAGAUGAAGGAAACGCACAUAAACACCGAUUCUACGCCUAACUUUGACGAACAAAUCUUGAUAUUUGGUAAUCAGAAACUGGAAAAUCAUAGAAUAACUCGAAGAACUUCCCUGGAUAACAAAAUUGAUUUACUGAAACCAAAGUUGCAGCCAAUAGCAUUGUCUGCGGGAACUAUUCGUCCCCACAAUAAAGGGUACUCUCAAAACAGUCGUCGAAAAUACAGCGUUCGGAGUAAAUUAGAAUGGGGCGAUACAUCUAGCUGUGAUUCUCAUGAUUUCAUGUCGGAUCUCCUACCGCAUUACGUUACCCCUAGGCACAGGCGUUCAAAUGUUAUAGACGAAGAUUUUCACGACGUAAUUUUAGGUCCAAAACUCCAAGAUACAAAUAAAUUACGUAAAAUGAUUCUCCAAGAAGAAGGAUCAUUGAAUUUGCAUAAUGGCACUAACAGAAGGUCGAAAAACCAGAAGAAACCAGCGUCUUUGGUAUCUGUACCGACUCAUAAAAAAGAAUCACCCAAAAGUGAAUUUGUAAUUCCAGAGUUACCAGAGGGAAGACUUUUGGAAAUAAAAAUAUUUUCAAAUUGGGGCGACAAGUAUCUAGUCGGUAUGAAUGGCGUAGAGAUAUUCGACGCUAACGGAAAUGAAGUUAAAGUAGAAAAGGUUUGGACGGACUCGGAAGUAGGGGAUCACCCUGGCGAGGGCGCAGUGGAGAGCGUGUGCGACGGCGCGGUGCGCACGCGCGACCCGCGGCACGCGUGGGCCGCGCGCGCGCCGCGCUCCGCGCCGCUGCCGCUGUGUCUGCUGCUCGCUGAUAGGGCUACCAUAGCGCUCUUGCGGAUAUGGAAUUAUAACAAAUCUCGGAUAUACUCAACACGAGGCGUGCGGCUGGUACAAAUGAAGCUGGACGACCGCGUCAUCUUCCACGGCGAGAUCGCGCGAUCUAGUGGGGAGUUGAAAGGACCUCUGCAGUCUUUCGGUGACACUAUUCUGUUCACAAAAGACCCAAACAUUCUAGAAUCUAUUAUGGUGAACGAUAGAAACUUCCAGUCGCUUAUCAAAGACAACGAACCAAUGGAAUCUACCGCGGAACAGCGCCCUCCUACGGCAAAUGACAACAACCACCAAAGUCCCACGGAACUGCUGGACGCGUUGAACUACGAGGAAAAAGAGAUUAAAUAUGUGGUGAAAAAAAUAACACUUACCCUAAUGUCCAACUGGGGGCAAAGUCAUUUAAUAGGAUUGACAGGUAUCGAGAUUAUGUGUGACAACGACCCCGUAAGAGUCCACCGCGCCUAUGCUUACACCGCCUCUGCUUCUGAGAGCCCUCCUCCACCAACCUCACUCAUAGAGUGCCACAGCCUCUUCAACGGCCGCAACAUCACCACGGACUUCGAUGACAUGUGGUGCACGAGCUUCGCGAACAACAAGUACUGCCAUCUCGUGAUGGAGAUGAAGGAGCCUACUGAAAUCACCGGUAUUCGCAUUUGGAACUACAAUGCUAACUUGGAGCUUUCGUACAUCGGCGUGAAACACAUGCGAGUAAUUCUGGACGAUAUGGCCUUGAGUAAGCGUCCGGUGUUACUCCGACGAGCACCUGGAGACACCAGCUAUGACUUCUUGCAUCAGCUGGAACUGACUGCGCUUGAUGAUAGAUUGAAUGAGCCUCAAGAAAUAUGCCCAUGGUCGCCUUUGCCGCGUGGUGGGCCUGUGCCUGUUGGGUUUGUGUUGCAAAUCAGCAUAUUCUCCACGUGGGGGGAUCCAUACUACGUGGGUCUCACCGGGGUCGAGUUGUACGACCCGCAUGCCAACAAGAUACCGCUUAACGAAAGCAACGUGUGCGCGCAGCCGGCGAGCGUGCGCGCGCUGGCGGGCGCGGCGGCGGACGCGCGCACGCCCGACAAGCUGGCGGACGGCCACAACGCCGCCGUCGGCGACGCCACGCACUCGUGGCUGGCGCCCGUGCUGCCCGAUACGCUCAACAGGGUGUUUUUCGUAUUCGACGUUCCUGUUACUGUGUACGGCAUGAAGAUUUGGAACUAUGGGAAGACGCCAACGCGAGGAGUGAAAGAAUUUGGAGUGUUAAUGGAUGACCUAUUGGUCUACAACGGGACCCUGGAUUGUGCCAAAAACAGUGAGUUUCUGACGCCGCAGUGGAUUUGUUUGCAAAACGUGGACGUCGAGAAUCUGUCACCUAGUUCAUCCGACGUGGUCCAACGUAGCACGACGAGCGGUGCGCACGUGUCCGCCGAUCAAACCGCCCGGCCGCACACCAGUGUACAUAGCACACGCAAAGACACUUACCAUUGACUUUGUAUAUUCAAAAUUUUAUUUUUUAAAUUACGUUGGUGAUUAAGCAUAGCCCAUUGUAUGAAAAGUGGGUAGUUAUGGCAGAAUUACUAAAGUUAGCGUUAGAUGGCGCUAAAUACAAUAGGUGUACGCUCAAGUUUUAUUAAAAUGUUUUGUAAUGGUAUCACGAGAUUUAUCGUAACGAAUAGGUAGAUUUAUCGUAACCC